UUCCUGCAAAAAGGAUAAGGGAAUAUUCUGUGGAUUUUUGAUGAAGUUUGGACAUUUGGCCAAAUCCAUUCAUUCCGAGGACAAGAAGCGCUGCGCGGUUGCAACGUUUUCGAUCUCCUGAUUGUUUCUUUGUUAGGGCUAUUGCUUUAUUGCUGUGGUGCGAGGAAAUAUAUUAUAUUGCCAGCGUAGUGUUACGUAAGAGUGGCGUUAUCCAAGGUGCUGAACUGGACGUUAUAACGGGACACAAGGCAAGGGAAGAGAGCAAUCUUGCAAGGUCACAGGCCUAUCCGUGAGGGAUUUGGAGAGGACCGCACUGCACUGGCAUCGUUGAUACCCGUAUUCCUGUAGGAAGACCGCCUUUUCAUAUAUUUUUUUCUCAUUAGUGAAAUAAGUUCUUGAGGUGGUCGACUACACGGGGAGAAAAUGUCGGGGCAGACGCUCACGGAUCGUAUUGCCGCUGCGCAGUACCAGUUAACGGGAUCAGAGGUAUCUCGCGCCGUCUGCAAAGCCACCACUCAUGAGGUGAUGGCGCCCAAGAAAAAGCACCUGGAAUAUCUGAUCUCGGCCACCAAUGCGACCAACGUGAACAUCCCUCAGAUGGCUGACACUCUGUUUGAGAGGGCCACCAACGCCAGCUGGAUUGUCGUCUUCAAGGCCCUCGUCACCACACACCAUAUGUGUGUCCAUGGCAAUGAGAGGUUCAUCCAGUACUUGGCCUCCAGGACCGCUCUGUUUAACCUGAGCAACUUUAUAGACAAAACAGGUUCCAACGGCUAUGACAUGUCUACGUUCAUCAGACGUUAUGGCCGCUACCUCAAUGAGAGGGCCUUCGCCUACCGCCAGAUGGCUUUCGACUUCACCAAAGUCAAAAAGGGUGCUGAGGGGGUGAUGAGGACAAUGACUCCAGAAAAGCUGUUGAAAGGCAUGCCUGUCCUGCAGACCCAGAUCGACACACUGCUGGAGUUUGAUGUCCAUCCCAAGGAGCUGAAUAACCCUAUCAUCAACGCAGGGUUCCUGCUGCUCUUCAAGGAUCUGGUCAAGCUGUUUGCCUCCUACAACGAUGGGGUCAUCAAUCUAUUAGAGAAAUACUUUAAGAUGAAGAAGAGCGACUGCAAGGAGGCCUUAGAGAUCUAUAAGAGGUUCCUGACCAGGGUCACCAAGAUCGGAGAGUUCAUGAAGCUUGCUGAGACUGUCGGAGUGGACAAAAAUGAUAUUCCUGACAUCAACUAUGCUCCCAGCAGCAUCCUGGAGUCUCUGGAGACACACAUGAACAGUUUGGAGGGGAAGAAGGGGUAA